CAAAAAGCCGCUUUCCACCCGGUAAAAGUUAUGCCCUCUCCUCUCGUUGUUUCCGCAACCGUGUUGGUCGGAAGACCUCCAGUUCUACCGUCCAACCUCCGCCCCUCUCCCAGACUACGCCAUUGACGACCAUUUCUGCUCGAUUUAAACACUGCCCCCCCUCCUUUCCCUUAUCUCUCCAUCUUCAUUUUUUUUCCGCCUGCCGCGUUUUCUCUGAUCCAGCUCGGUCUGGAUCUUUGCCUCUCUUUCGUGUUUGUGAGAUUGCGAACGGGAUUCGAAGGAGGGGGACGCGGCUGAGUGGAAGAUGGUGAGAUUGCCUUAUGUCACAGCGCUCACAACGCUUUUCAGCUAUGGCCUCCUCUUCGCGUUCGGCCAGCUUAGGGAUUUUUUCCGGAAGAUCAUCGAUUGGUUCAAAUCCACCUCCAAGGACCUCAAGGGGUAUGCACCGAUCUGCUUAGGUCUAGAGGAUUUUUACACCCGCCGCCUCUAUCUCCGCAUUCAGGAUUGCUUUAGUCGACCAAUUGCAAGUGCACCAGAUGCGUGGUUUGAUGUGGUUGAACGCUACUCUAAAGACAAUAACAAAACACUGCACCGGACCUCAAAGACUUCCAAGUGCCUUAAUCUGGGAUCAUAUAACUACCUUGGUUUUGCAGCUGCUGAUGAAUACUGCACGCCCCGUGUAAUUGAAUCUUUAAAGAAAUAUUCUCCCAGCACCUGCAGUAUCCGUGUUGAUGGUGGCACAACUGACUUGCACAUGGAGCUGGAGUUCCUAGUUGCAAGGUUUGUGGGAAAACCAGCUGCUAUAACUUUUGGCAUGGGCUACGUGACAAACUCUGCCAUUAUUCCAGUUCUGAUAGGGAAGGGAGGACUCAUCAUUAGUGAUUCUCUGAAUCAUAAUUCAAUUGUAAAUGGUGCUCGAGGAUCUGGUGCGGCAGUUCGGGUUUUCCAGCACAAUAAUGCUCCACACUUGGAAGAGGUACUGAGAGAACAGAUAGCCGAGGGACAACCUCGAACUCACAGGCCCUGGAAGAAGAUUAUUGUCAUUGUUGAGGGUAUAUACAGCAUGGAAGGAGAACUUUGUCAGCUUCCAGAGAUUAUAGCUGUUUGCAAGAAAUAUAAGGUAUAUACCUACUUGGACGAGGCCCACAGCAUUGGUGCUGUUGGGAAAUCUGGCAAAGGAGUUUGUGAGCUCCUAGGAGUGGAUCCGGCUGAUGUCGACAUCAUGAUGGGCACAUUUACAAAAUCCUUUGGAUCUUGUGGAGGAUAUAUUGCAGCAUCCAAGGAAAUUGUUCAAUACCUAAAGCAUGCAUGUCCAGCACAACUUUAUGCAACUUCAAUGUCCCCACCAGCUGUGCAGCAAGUUAUAUCCGCACUUAAAGUUAUUCUCGGAGAAGACGGAUCAAGUAGAGGGGCCCAAAAACUAGCACAGAUUCGUGAAAAUAGCAAUUUCUUUCGCUCUGAACUUAAGAAGAUGGGGUUUGAAGUUCUUGGUGAUAAUGACUCCCCUGUUAUGCCAAUAAUGCUUUACAACCCAGCAAAGAUUCCAGCUUUUUCUAGGGAUUGUCUCAAACAGAAUGUUGCUGUUGUCACUGUUGCUUUUCCAGCCACACCUCUUCUGCUUGCAAGGGCUCGAAUUUGCAUAUCGGCCGCACACUCAAGGGAGGACCUCCUUAAAGGGCUGGAGGUUAUCAGCAAGGUUGGUGAUCUUGUGGGCAUCAAGUACUUUCCUGCGGAACCACCUAAACAUGGGCAUCAAGCUCACAAGAAGGUGGAGUAAGGAACAAUUUUUUGUGAAACAUCACCAUAAUGGAAGCAAAUCCAAUCAAUCUCAAUGUCAACUGUUUAGUUAUGUUCUAGUCCAGUUUGACCUUGCUGAGGGUUGUUCCUUAUCAGAAACGAUAUUUGGUUGUCAGAUGGUAUCACGCAUUUAGUCGUAUCAUAUUUUUGCGAUGUACAGUUAAAUUAUGCUAGUCAAAAAUGUUUUUUUGAUA